AAGUUUUUUUUGCUGAUGUGGACGCUCUAUGGAGCCUCAAAAGGUUCCUUUUAUUAGUAAGGAUUAAACCUAUUUUGAUGAUUUUUCUCAUUGAAGAUUUUUUUGGGAAAAAAACUUAAAAAUAGUCUGUUUAGAAGAAUGGCCCAUAAAAAUAUUAUAUAUAGAAUUAAAAUUUUGAUAAAUGUAAUUUCACAUUAUUAUUGAUAGAUAAUAAUUAUUAAGUUAGACGAUGGAGAAGUUAAUAUAUGAUGCUAUCAAUAUAGAUUUUUAAAAUUAUAUAAUAUACAAGAAAUUAUAUAUAAUGAUACAAUAAAUUAUUUAUGUGAUAUUAACCACUCUAACUUUUAACGUGAGAGAUCAAAUGCGAAAAAAUCACUUUAAAAAUAAUAUCAUAAUAACUAUCAUAAUAAUUAGGUGUUUCGUCUGCGCAUGCGAGUAUAACUAUUUUAUAAUUAUUUAUUAAUAUGUGCAGUACUUAUUAAAAUACUAUAAUAUGUUUUCAUUUGAAACCUUUCAUGUAUUAUAAAAAACUUUGAAAAUUUCUUUAUACAGUAUAUUUAUUAUAAAUAAAUCUUAGAAAUCACUCAAUAUCUCUUUUAGCAUAUUAUAAAAAACUUUGAAAUUUUCUUUGUACAAUAUGUUUUCUGUUUUUAAAUUUCAAAGUUUUAUUAAAAGAUAUUUUUCAGAUAACAACACAAUUUAGAUAGAAAUUAUCUUUUUAUUUUAAAAUAUAUAUUUUUAAUUUCAAUAAUUUUAAUCAUUUAUCUAAUAAAAUAAUUUAAAUUUUACUUUGUGACUAGUUUAUAUAUUUUAUUUAACAAAGUAUUUAGCCAUUCUUUUUUUAUUUUACUUUUGCAUCCUGCCAUUCUAUAUUUUUUGAACGCGAAAAAUCACUUCACCGAUAAUAUCAUAAAUAAAUAGAUAGAUUUCAUGCAAGAAUAAUAAUAUUCAACAACAAGUACAUAGAUUUCAUGCAACAAUAAUAAUAAUCAACAACAAGAUAUUGUUAAUUAUAGUUGACUUGGAGAAGAGAAGACAGGUUUACCUAACUUCACAUCGUGUCAAUCAUCAAUCCAACGUUCAUCACUAAAUUUGACAGCAAAACAAAAGAAUUAAAAAAGAACAUCUUGCGUAAACUGAUUCAACGACAAAAAAACUCAAACUUGGAACCAAAAAGACAAAUUCUAUCUAACCCUUCGAUCAUGUCUAGUCUUUUGCUGCACUAGUAAGAGAUUCUCAUGUCUGUUGAACUCUAUUAAUUCGUCUCCUUGAUCUCUCUCUGGAUUCUUACCAAGUAUGUAUUAGCUGCUUGUAGCGACUAUUGAUUUUUUUUAAAGCUAAGCUAACAUGGGUUCUGUAAUGAGCUUGAGCAAAUCAACUACUCAGGACGAGGACUUCUCAAACGAAUCUUUCAAAAUACUAAAGACAUUUUCAACCAACGAUGAAGAUUACUGCAGAUUGAUUCCAAAUCUUCCUGAUGAGCUAUCUAUACAGAUUCUUGCUAGGCUCCCAAGAAUCUGCUACUCGAAUGUUCAGUUGGUUUCACGGAGGUGGAGAUCAUUUGUAUCGACCUCUGAGCUGUAUAGUCUGAGAAAAGAACUUGGUAAGACAGAGGAAUGGCUCUAUGUGCUGACCAAAGGCCAAGAUGAUAACCUUGCGUGGUACGCUUUAGAUCCAGUUACCACGAGAUGGCAGAGACUACCUCCUAUGCCUGUUAUUGUCUAUGAAGAGGAACCUACUACAAGUAGUUUGUGGAGUCUUUUGAGCUCUCUCGGUAGAAAAGAGGUUUCUGUGUCCGAGCAAACGCCCUUCUGCGGCUGUGCUGUUGGUUCUGUCAAUGGGUGUCUCUAUGUUCUUGGAGGGAUCUCUAGGUCUACAACCGUGAACUCCGUUUGGCGAUUUGAUCCGGUUCUUAACUCGUGGAGCGAAGUGAGUUCCAUGCUGGCCAACCGUGCUUAUUCCAAAACAGGAGUGUUGGACAAGAAGCUCUAUGUUGUUGGAGGUGUUGAGAGUCGACGUGGAAGUUUAUAUCCGGUUCAGACAGCCGAGGUUUACGAUCCAGACACUGAUGUUUGGUCAGAGGUCCCCAGCAUUCCUUUCUCAAAGGCGCAGAUGUUGCAUGACGCGUUCUUGGCUGAAAUGUUGAAGCCUAUAGCCACUGGAAUGACUUGUUACAACGGUAGGUUAUGUGUUACUCAGAGUUUAUGCUCUUGGCCUGUCUUUUAUGAUGCUGGAGGAAAGGUGUAUGAUCCGGAGACGAGUCUCUGGGGUGAUAUGCCCUCUGAUAUGGGUGAAGGUUGGCCUGCGAGGCAAGCGGGUACGAAGCUGAGUGUUGUGGUGGGUGGUGAGUUAUAUGGUUUUGAUCCUUCUUCUUCUUCUUCGGUGGAGAAUGGGAAAAUUAAGGUUUAUGAUCAAAGGGAAGAUACUUGGAAAGUUGUUAUUGGUGAAGUCCCUGUUUAUGAUGUGACAGAUUCAAAAUCUUCUUAUUUGCUUGCUGAGUUUCAUGGGAAGCUUCAUUUUAUUACUAGAGAUGCUUAUUGUAACGUUACAGUAUUUAGUGCUGAUGUCGCUGAGAUCAGAAGCUCUUCAUCAUCAUCAUUGUCUAGCUCCAAGUCUGUUUUGGGGUCAUGCUCUUUGAAGGAAAAGGGGAAUGGAGAUAACAAGUCAGCAGACAGUGUUAUUUGGAAAGUCAUUGCAAGCAAGGACUUAGGUGCUGCUGAACUUGUUAGCUGCCUAGUUAUGGAUAUAUGAAAACCAAGAAUAUUUGCUCAUUUCUUGUGGGACUUUAAGAGUCCAUGUGUACAGCCAAAAGCAACAGUUUGAAGCUUUAUGAUAUGUUCUUCCAAAGAUUUAUAGAAGUCUAAUUCUUUGAUGAUCCUGAUUCUAAUAUACUUCUUCUGGCUUUGGCUGGCAUGUAAGCUUGAGCAAUAGAAUGUUAUGUAACAAUAUAUGUACAUUACAAUGACCUAUCAGUUCCUGGAAGUAAAAAAAAAAUGUCUUUCUCCUAGUGUGAUUCAGUUGCAAAAGUUCAGCUUUUGAACCCCCUCCCCUUUCAUUUAGUUAAUCCAUCUCAACUUUGACAUGGUUUCCUGAUCAUUUUGCUUUACCGAAACUGUCGAUUCGGUUAAGAAUCUCUAUUUGAUUAUUUGCGUGGUUCUUCUAUAAUUGUUGACAUAAGGACCCAUUUACCCAACACUAUGGAUGUUGCAGGCAGAAGAAAAUAGGUAAAAAGGAAGAAUGAUGAUACGCUUGAUGCCUUGGAAUCAAGAACGUCGUAUCAUAUUCAUAUGCUCAUAAAAGCUAAACCACCUCUGGAUUCUCAUUUCACACUUCACCCUCUCUUUUUAUCUUCCCUUUUCCUUUAUAGUGAAAAGUUGGCUUUUGAAUUAUUUCGACGAAUCUGUUAUGGCAUCAAUUUUCGUAUUACUUUAAGAAUUUAUUUUUGGGUUCACCUUUCUAGAUUUACCAACCAAUAGAAUUGUGUUAUUUCAUGAGAAGGUAAGAGAUUUUCUGAAUGCAUGUAAGUAACUAGCCCGUUACUUGUCUCAUUCAAAAGAUGCUUUGGUACUUUGUUGAAUGCACGAACAAAUAGUUCCUCAAAACAACGGUUCGUUUUGAAUUUAUUAUUCGUUGGCUGAUUUACAUUUGGUUGCAUUGCUUAUAAACAAUAAAAAUUUAAUGAGUAAUUUAGUUAUACUUGGGUAACAUUUUGUCGAACCAAAUGUAAAAAAACACAGUUAAUUUCAUAUCUAGAUCACUGGAACUUUAGAAAUUCCUUUGUCUAUAAUGCUAAAUGUAUGGAUUCCAAUUUUCAGAAAAAUCACAACUCAAAUUUGAGUAGAAGAACUAUCUUUAAAAGUCAAAACUCCAUAGAAUAGAGAAACUUUACUCUUCGGCUGCUAUGUUGUGAGGUAGGAGGGUAUGAUGUUAUUAAAUACUACCAUCUUUCAAUUAGUUAAUGUAGUUACUAGUUAGGCUUCCAUAGAAUAUAGUUGGUGGCUGCCAUUUUCCAACCAUUUGGAACUACAGUAUAUGUUGCUCAUCUCCUAAAAACCAAACCCCCCCCCCACUCGUUUCAGAUCACAUAUAAAUUUGUAUUAAGGAAACAAAAUUCUAUAAAUAAUUGAGAUGAUGUUUGGGGUGGGGGAACCCACAAAUAACAAUUAUUAUUUAAAAUAAAUAAAUAAAUGUGAAGAGUAUCAAUACCCACUUAAUAUAAAUCAAAUAAGACAUCAACUUGUACAUUUUGAUAUUGUACAACAACAUGGCCAGAGUUUACACUUAUAGUAUUAUUUGCAUGUGAUAUAACGAAUAUAUUAUUGUGCGGUUAAUAUAUAUCUAUAUAUAUCAGUUAAAAAUCUAUCUUAACUCAAAAACAAAUAAUAAACUAUACAUUUUGUUAUAGUAAUCAAAAAGAAAAAUCAGCUUGUUGUAAAAAAAAAUCAGUUUUUUUUACGAUCUUAUUAAAUAAAAGCUAAAACCUCAAAAGUACAGAAAAAAACUAAACAAAACCUACAAACGAGACUCAACCGGCCCAAACAAAAAAAUCUCUAAAGAAAAACAUGGCUGACUCGAACUCGAUGCAUUAACUUUUGACAUGUGCUCACCAUGCAAGUUACCACCGAACUUCAGCCAGCAGAUUGACUCUGGUGAUCCACCGGAAACAAACUGGAACAAAAUCCCAUUCAAAGAACCUCGCCGGAAACAAUAACAAAAAUUGAAAGCGUCACCAUUUACAACGCCUUAGACUUGAAGAUCAAACAAGGGAACUAAUCAACUGAAGUCGGUUGAAUAACUCCACGGAAACCAUUAACCUCAUGAGAUAAAGCUAAAGCCAAAGGAUUUCUCGCUUCUUUGAUGAAGUUCGAAUCGAGAGAAACAUCAAUCUCAAUCUAACGAGCAUCAAAUCAAUUGAAACAAAAGAAGCGUGAAAAAGUAGAGAUCAGACAAACUAACAGAAAUCUGGGAGAAAACUAUCGUCAACACCGCAGGAAAAGACGAGACGAGGAGCCAAGAGCCAACGACAAUAUCGAAGGAGCUGAUGUGCUUCAGAGCCAAAAGCCGACAGAUUACCAUGAAGAAAAUUCGACGUUGGAAGGGGGUCCAACAACGGACGGAGAGUCGUUGGAAUCACCGGCCUAGGGUUUCUCUCAUCAUUUUUCCUCUGUGAAAGAUUGAAGAGAGAAAACUAAAGAAAAAUAGAGAAAAAUCUAACUUUACAAUAUCUAUUUGUUUUGUUUACUUUCUUUAUUGUUCCUUGUA